CACGAACUUCUUCUCACAAUUUGUCAAUCGACGUUGCUGGAAUUUCUACUCUCCCUCAACCUUUCGGAAACGUUAAAACUCCCUCCUCCCCAGUCUCCCGCGCAUUCUCUUCCUCAUCCGUCAAGCUGUUUUACUCGAAGCUGCACCGCAUCUCACGGCCUCUGCGCUCGUCCCUCAGUCUCUCCCUUGCCGCCGCAUCGGUCUCCAUCGAAAAACAACAGUCACCCGCUAAAGCGAGCUUUUCCACCUCUCUUUUGCGCGCCAUGGCGCCUCCUCAUACCAAGGUCGCCAUUAUUGGCUCCGGCCCUGCCGCUCAUACUGCUGCGAUCUACCUCUCCCGUGCCGAGCUCAAGCCCAUCAUGUAUGAAGGCUUUCUUGCCGGUGGCACCGCGGCGGGCGGCCAGUUAACAACCACUACCGACGUGGAGAACUUCCCGGGCUUCUCCAAGGGUAUUGGUGGCGCAGAGUUGAUGGAAGAGAUGAAAGCACAGUCCCUCCGGUUUGGUACGGAGAUCAUCACGGAAACGAUCGCAAGGGUCGACCUAAAAUCACGUCCGUUUCGCUUAUGGAGAGAAUACCAAGACGGAGAAUCAGAUGAGCCUGCACACACGGCUGAUGCGGUCAUCAUUGCGACCGGCGCAAAUGCGAGACGGUUACAUUUGCCUGGCGAGGAGAUAUAUUGGCAGAACGGGAUUUCGGCGUGCGCAGUUUGUGACGGCGCCGUUCCCAUCUUCCGCAACAAACCGCUCGUUGUGAUCGGAGGAGGUGAUUCUGCCGCAGAGGAGGCCAUGUUUUUGACAAAAUACGGCUCCCACGUCACUGUGCUGGUAAGGAGGGACAAGUUACGAGCCUCAAAAACCAUGGCAAAACGAUUGCUGGCGAAUCCAAAGGUGACGGUCAAGUUUAACCACGUCGCAGUCGAGGUACAGGGAGAAGAUAAACCGCGAGGACUUAUGACACAUCUGAAGGUCAGAAAUGUGGUCACAAAAGAAGAGGAAGUUCUGGAAGCCAAUGGACUGUUUUACGCAGUUGGCCACGAUCCAGCAACCGCAAUGUUUAAGGGCCAAAUGGAUACAGACGAAGACGGCUACAUUUUGACAAAACCGGGCACAAGUUAUACCAGCAUUUCGGGUGUGUUUGCGGCCGGAGACGUGCAAGACAAACGGUAUCGCCAGGCCAUCACCAGCGCCGGAAGCGGAUGCAUAGCGGCUCUCGAGGCGGAGAAGUACCUGGCCGAGUUGGAGGAUUCCGAACUGGACCUUGAAAAGGAGAAGCAGGCGAAGAAACCAGAGAUCAACGGCGAAUCGGCUCCAGAGUACCGGUCCAACCCGCUCCUGUAAUUGUAAGACUUUCAUGAGUAGAUACUAGGCAGAUAGAUGCUAGAGAUGCCUAGAAAUUCGAAAGACGACCGGUUUAUGGUUGAGACACUUUUCUCAUUGUACACAA